AUGCGAUCUGCAGCCAACCUUCUUUCGGAGUUAUGCACAGGAGCAUGGUGUGCUGCGAGUGCCAGGGACAAAAUGUGUGCGCGCGUCAACAGGUGAGCGGAGUGGCGCUAAACACAGCGGCAAGAGGGCUAGCACCGAAGUAGGCGGGAAGAGAGACGGGCGAGGGCCCACGGGCGUGGACAGGCGUGGAUCCGGGGCUAGAUGCGCAAACCGCGUAGUGCUGUGCUGCGCAAAGCACCGAGACUGAUCUACGGGGAUCGGCGGCAACUAUCCAGCAGCCCUAGAGGUUCACCAAGGGAGCAACCGACUAGGUGCACGUUGGUGGGCACUGCACUCUGCGUCGCCACGGGGAGCCACGACUUACCACGGCGUGCUUGCCGCUACGAGCAACGGUUGAGCCCGCUGUUAGCAUUCCGCGCCGCAGCCAAACCCGAGCAAAACCAGCACAAUGUCGCUUUCCCCAGCCCCGCCCACCGCGUCGCAGCCGCUGCCGCCGCCACGCUCGGCCACGCUGCGCUGGAAGGGGAAGCCUCCCCCUGCCCCCAGGGGUGGAAAAUUAUACCGCAACUUUGUGAGCGAGGUGCUGCACUAUACCAUCGCAGAUGCCUCAACCGCUCCUAGACACGGUGCGCAAAUAGAUCAACCGAUGUCUCCUGUUCCUGUGCUCACCAAACAUACUGGUCGACUGAUUGGGCCUAGCCUGGUAGCACCAAACUGUUGUAAUUAGUUCGAGGUGGAAUUUGUGAGG